AUGCGGCGUAGCUUGUUCGUGCGAAUCGUCAAGGACUGCGAAUUGCAUUCGAAUUACUUCAAGCAACGUAGGAAUGCCGCCGGGGUGAUGGGUUUCAGCGGUUUCCAGAAGAUCUCUGCUGCCAUGAGGGUAAUUGCGUAUGGCAUCCUUGCGGAUUACACCGACGAGUAUCUUCGAAUUGGCGAAGAUACUAUAACGGAGUCAGUCCACAGGUUUGCUCGCAUGAUUAUCAAGUUGUACGGGCCUACGUAUCUCCGAGCUCCCAACGAGGAUGACACCAAACGGUUGAUGGAGAUAAAUGAGAAAAGAGGUUGGCCUGGCAUGCUUGGUAGUCUCGAUUGUAUGCAUUGGACAUGGAAGAAUUGUCCAAAGGCAUGGCAUGGACAGUACUGUGGCAAGAGCAAAGAUGCAACCAUUGUCCUUGAGGCCGUAGCAUCACAAGAUUUGUGGAUUUGA